AUUUUAUAAUGACAAUUAAAAUUAUAAGAUGUUUGGACGGUAUCUACCAUUAAUAGAAAGAUUUCAUGCAAUUUUAAUGAUUACGUAAAAUUCUAUAUAUUCAUAAAUAUGAAAAAAAUUUUAAUACUAUUGUGAAAAACAGAAAAUAUUAGUUUAAAAUGAAUUUCAAGCAAAAAUAUGUACUUAAACAAUUCAAGCAAGUACUUCGUUUAGUUUCCUUAAGAAAUUACUCUUCAUCUAGUGGCCCUCUUGCUUCACUCACAAAGAAAUAUGAGACUGGCGACUUAUCAAGAGAUGAAAUUCAGUUAGAUGCUUGUAGAUCUUUAGAGAAUGUAUAUAAUUCGUUACGAACAUAUGUUCCAGUUAAGCAAAAUCUAUUCAACAAAGUAUUUUCUAAACCCAUAGAACCACCUAAGGGUUUAUACAUUUAUGGGGCUGUUGGUGGUGGAAAAACAAUGCUCAUGGAUUUAUUUUAUAAUUGUUGUAAUAUUGAUAAAAAAUCUCGAGUACAUUUCAAUGAAUUCAUGGUCAAUGUCCAUAAGCAGAUACAUGCUAUUAAAAACAAAUAUGGACCACAAUUUAGAUCAAACUCCAAGCCAUUCGACCCAAUUCCAAUUGUUGCUCAAGAAAUUACUGAUGGAAGUUGGCUUAUAUGCUUUGAUGAGUUUCAGGUAACAGAUAUUGCUGAUGCAAUGAUUCUGAAAAGAUUGUUCACACAACUUUUUGCCAAUGGAGUCGUUGUUGUAGCUACAAGUAAUAGAAAGCCUGAUGAUUUGUAUAAAAAUGGUUUACAAAGAUCCAACUUCAUUCCUUUCAUACCAAUUUUGAAAAGAUAUUGUGACGUUUAUAAUCUUGAUUCAGGUAUAGAUUAUAGAGUUAAAUCGAUGAAAAAUAAAAGAAUUAUGUAUUUUGUUAAGUCGGACUAUAAGUUGGACCCAGUUUCUCCAAUAUUUAAACUUUUGGUUUCGAAGGAAAAUGAUGUUGUCAGAACAAAAACUUUCACAAUUUUAAAUAGAAAUGUAACUUUUUGCAAAGCUUGUGGAGGAGUACUUGAAUCCUCUUUCGAUGAACUAUGUAGCAGACCUCUAGGAUCUAAUGAUUACCUUCAUUUGACACAGUUUUUUCAUACUAUUAUUAUUAGAGAUGUACCCCAAUUGAGCUUAAAACUUAAGUCUGAAACGAGACGUUUUAUUAAUAUGAUUGAUUCUUUUUAUGAUAAUAGGCUUAGGAUUAUUAUAACUUCAUCCGUCCCCUUAGAAGAUUUAUUCUGUAAAGAUAAAACUGAUGAUGACGUAGAACAAAGAGUUCUGAUGGAUGAUUUGGAUCUAAAUAAGGCAGAAGCAAGUGCCAAUGUUUUUACAGGGGAUGAAGAAAUAUUUGCUUUCGAUAGAACUAUUUCUAGAAUAACCGAAAUGAUAAAUGAAGAAUAUUGGAAAAAAUAUGAUAGAUGAUAUAGGACAAAUAAAUAAAUUUGUUUGAAAUAUCAACAUGGUUGUGAAUGGUCAUUACGAUCAAAUCAACACAAAUAAUAUUGUUCAUAUGAUUACCAGUAUUAGAGAACUCAGUUAAUGUUACAAUUUUAUUGACUAGUCCAAUGUAAACUUUAUCUUUGAUAACAAAAUUUUCACCCACUUAAUGAAUUAAAUAAAUUUGUUACUUGUAAAUAUUUUCAAUGGUUGUUUUUAUUUAUUUUACAUAUUAGUAUCAUUAUUUUGUUAAAACUACAUCAUGUGAUCUCUUACCUGAAUAUUGUUGAAUAUUAAUUAUAAUUAAUAAAAAUGUUUCAACAAGAAGUUCAAU